AUGGCACUUCGUUAUCCUUGGUUGCCGAUAAUUCUAUUCCUUCUUCUUGUAUAUGUUGUUCCCUCUUCCUCUGGGGAUUCUGUCUCGGAAGGGCUCCUCAAGUUUAGGGACUCCCUAGAGAACAACAAUGCACUAUCCAGUUGGAACCAAUCCUCCCCUCCUUGUGUUGGUGCCAAAGCCAAUUGGGUUGGCCUUCUUUGUGCCGACGGCAAAGUUUGGGGUUUGAAACUUGAGAAAAUGGGGCUCAAGGGGGUCAUCAAUGUGGAACCCCUUCGAGGCCUCCCAGAUCUCCGAACCAUAAGCCUAAUGGGCAACGAUUUUGAUUCCACCUCUUGGCCUGAAUUCCACAAGCUUGUUGCCCUCAAGACCCUCUACCUUUCCGAUAACAAGUUUUCAGGCAUCAUUCCUGAUGAUGCCUUUCAACGUAUGGUGUGGCUCAAGAAAAUUCAUUUGUCAAACAAUCAGUUUACUGGUCCUAUCCCAAUUUCACUGUCUUUAUUACCUAAGCUUAGGGAGUUGAGGCUCGAGAACAACAAGUUCCAAGGCCACAUUCCAGACUUUAAUCAACCUACCUUAAGCUCAUUUAACAUAGCUAACAAUCAGUUGGAGGGUGCAAUUCCAAUCAGCCUCAGUAAAAUGCCAGCCUCUUCUUUUUCUGGUAAUGAGGGGCUAUGUGGAGCCCCAUUGGGUGCAUGCAAAUCGUCCAGCUCAAAGCAAGGCGCCUCAAUCGGGAGCAUUGUGGUGGUAGCCAUAGUCGUAGGAGUGGCAGUGAUUGUGAUAAUAGGAGUAAUGUUGAUGGUCCUUGGAAGAAAAACAAAGCAAGGGACAGUGGAGAAUCCAACAACAUCAGGCUCUCAAAACAAAGCAGGAAGCAAUGAAGUAGACGAUGGGAGUAGUCAUCACUCAGUAUCAUCACAAGCCUCUACUAGGUCUGGCAAAAGAGCAGCAGAUAACCUGAAGUUGUCGUUUGUGAGAGACGAUAGAGAGAGGUUUGAUUUACAGGAAUUGUUGAAAGCAUCAGCAGAGGUAUUAGGGAGUGGUUGCUUCAGUUCCUCCUAUAAAGCUGCUUUGUCUAGUGGUGCAAUGAUUGUGGUCAAGAGAUUCAAGCAAAUGAACAAUGUGGGAAGGGAUGAGUUCCACGAGCACAUGAGAAGGAUUGGAAGGCUAUCGCAUCCUAACUUGCUCCCUCUGGUGGCUUACUAUUAUCGAAAGGAGGAGAAGCUUUUGGUUACUGACUAUGUCAAGCAUGGCAGCUUGGCCGUUCGCCUCCAUGGACACCAAGGGCUAGGGCAACCAUGCUUAGACUGGCCAACAAGGUUAAAGAUCGUUAAGGGCAUAUCAAAAGGUCUAGAAUAUCUGUACAAGGAGAUGCCAAGCCUGAUAGCACCCCACGGCCAUUUAAAAUCCUCAAACGUGCUCCUGGGGGAAUCCUUUGAGCCCCUGCUUAAUGACUAUGGGUUGGUCCCUGUGAUAAACCAGGAGCUUGCUCAGGACACCAUGGUGAUAUACAAAUCUCCAGAGUAUCUCCAAAAUGGGAGGGUCACUAAGAAAACUGAUGUAUGGAGUCUUGGAAUACUCAUUCUUGAGCUUUUAACUGGCAAGUUCCCUUCCAGCUUUCUACAACAAGGCAAAGGAAGUGAAGUGGGCUUGGCUAAUUGGGUGCAUUCUGUUGUCCCAGAAGAGUGGAAUAGUGAGGUGUUUGACAGAGAAAUGGGAGACACCUCAGCCAGUCAAGUCCAAAUGGCCAAACUAUUAAAGAUUGCUUUGGAUUGUUGUGAAGGGGAUGUCGACAAGAGAUUAGAUCUUAAAGAAGCUAUUGAGAAAAUUCAUUCGGUCAAGGAGACCGACUAA